GACCAGUUGGACAAAAUGGCGAAGGAUGAGGACUUACGGGAAUCAGGCCUGUGAAACACACUUCAUCCUGUCUGGUGAUACAGCCUGUCUUGAUGCAAGACAUAAAAACCAACAUGAAUCUCCAGCAGCCAUCACCUCUCAUCCCCCCUGUCCACCCUGAUGUGCAGAUGAAGCCCCUGCCCUUCUAUGAUGUACUGGAUGUCCUAAUCAAGCCUUCAAGUCUAGGAGCAAGUACUGCACAGAGGUACCACCAAGAAAAAUAUUUUAUCUUUGCCUUGACACCACAGCAAGUUCGAGAAGUUUGCAUAUCCAGGGACUUUCUGCCAGGUGGCAGGCGGGACUAUAUGGUUCAAAUUCAACUAAGGUUUUGCUUGUCAGAGACAAGUUGCCCUCAAGAGGAUAAUUAUCCCAACAGUCUUUGUAUAAAAGUCAAUGGGAAGCUGUUUCCUUUGCCAGGGUAUGCACCACCACCCAAAAAUGGUGUGGAACAGAAGAGACCAGGAAGACCUUUGAACAUUACCUCACUUGUCCGACUCUCAUCUGCAGUACCCAAUCAGAUUUCAGUGACAUGGGCCCCUGAAAUUGGGAAAACCUAUUCUAUGUCUGUGUACCUGGUGAGACAGCUAACAUCACCGCUGCUGCUGCAGAGGCUGAGGAUGAAGGGCAUCCGAAACCCAGACCACUCCAGAGCAUUAAUUAAAGAGAAGCUGACCGCAGAUCCAGACAGUGAAAUUGCUACAACAAGUCUUCGAGUCUCACUUAUGUGUCCGCUGGGUAAGAUGCGACUCACCGUGCCAUGCCGGGCAGUGACCUGCUCUCACCUGCAGUGUUUUGAUGCUGCCCUCUACCUACAGAUGAACGAGAAGAAACCCACCUGGAUCUGUCCCGUGUGUGACAAGAAGGCUGCAUAUGAGAGUCUUAUCAUUGAUGGUUUAUUCUUGGAAAUCCUGAACGACUGCUCAGAUGUGGAUGAAAUCAAGUUUCAGGAGGAUGGAACGUGGUGUCCUAUGAGACCAAAGAAAGAAGCGGUCAAGGUCCCAUCUCAGUCAGUUCCAAAAAUUGACACUCCUUUGCGCCUGUCGUCAAUGGUGCCCCAUUCUACUGAGCCCAGCUCCACCAAGAAGGCUGAUGUGAUUGAUCUUACUCUGGAGAGCUCCUCCUCUGAUGAUGAUGAUGAGGAAGACGCAGACCCUCCACUGAAGAAACAUUGUGUUUACAUUUCCAAUAAUGAGGAGAUGCAUGCGAAGGGAGUGUUGACCUACCAGCCCACUGUGCGCAUGCCGAAUGUCCAGUCCCUGGACCCGACGUAUCUGACCUCUACGCUUGCUGACUAUGCAGUCCCCUUCCAUCCUUCUACUCUGGCUACCAUCCCCACAGACAUGCAAAGUCUGGAUUUGUUUUCCUUAAUUCAAGCAGAUCCUCAGCAUUACAGACCUCAGAUGUUCUUGGAUAACCUGACCAGCAGUAUGCAAAGUGCAGCUGCAGCCAGCACAAGCUCAGCCUUGGUCUCUUCCAGCAGCCACUAUGACACCACCACCCACGCCGCCAGCGCCAUCCACGAAACUCGGAUCAUCACAGGAGGAGGUGGAGGUGCUGGAGGAGGAACUGAUAGUGGAAUAUCAGAUAUCAUUUCACUAGACUGAGCCAUGUCUCACUGGACCUUUUUUAGGCCUGUUUUUGUGGCCUUUUUAUACUGGACAUAACAUAUGAUGAACAGGUACAUCACAUGCUCAAUUUUCACCCAAACUGGUAUACAUGAGCACUUUGAUGGCCUCAGCAUUUUCACCAGUCAUAUAUUUUUUUGCCCAGUUUUCAUCUGCUGCCUAUACAUUUUUUGAUGAUAAAUGGUCAGCAGUAAUUUCUCCAGACAUUAACAAUUAUUCUUGUUUGGUGUCAUACACUUGAUCAUUGGAUAAAAUGUAUACCAACUUGUUUACUUGCAUGAACAUGUAUGUCUGACUACAGUCUAUUCAAUUGUGUGCCUCAUUAGCAUGGGAUAGAGUCAGGAUGAAAGGAAGAAGAACUUGGACUCACAGCAUGAUCAUGUGUCAUACGUCUUUGCAUCUUCAGAAUGGUUGGAAGUAGAAAGGCACUGUGAAUUUGACUUGUGGACUGAACACUGUUGACGGGUUUGUUUCUCUGUUUUUAUUGUGUAGGCUAGAUUUUUAAGCCCUGUUUUGCCUUCCAUUCAACCUGGUGAAAGCAUGGAAUGCUGAGUUUUUAGGCUCAUGACAUUACAGCUUUCAUGUUAUACCAAUGUUAUAUUUCUUUUUUGGUUCCAUUGAAAUUUAGACAGAGCAAUAAUAAUUUAACUAGUGUUAAUCAAAGUUGUAAAUAUAGUUCAUAUAAUAAUUCCACUUGGUCCAUAUCACUACUACUGUGCUCUGUCCUACUUUUGUAUCAAUUUAUUAGCUGCUCCUAUAAGAGUUGUUCAAAAUGUUAUAUUACAUAGUUGUUUUCUUUCGGAUUUUCAGAUGGACAUAAGUCUCAUGUUUUAAUGCUGCCUUCAAAUGUGGUUGUGGCUUAAAGUACAUGUGAACGCCCCCCCUUUUGAUGUAUUUACAACAUCGGGGGGGCAAAGAAGUUUUUUUUUUGUUGAAUGGAAAGUUUGUCUUGAAAUUUGUUGUUUAGUCCUUUGUCUGAAUUUUAUAAUAUGUUGAAGGAAAUGUUAAUAUUACAACAUUUUUCAUCUGUCAAUAUGUCAGUACAUUUCCUGCAAUGUUACACGCGUGCCAGCUUGCUUAAUUGUUAGCCUCUGUGGCCUCUCGACAUUGACAGUUAUGUUAACAUGAGCCUCCAUGUUUUUAUCGCCUGGCAGCAUUGUUCUCAAGAACACUUGAAUGCCAAGCAAACUAUGUACAUGACUUCCCACUUUGUAUCCACAAGCUCACAAGUUCCAUGUGAAGGCAGCAUAUGUACUGAGCUGGAGUCUGUGAUAAGCCUAGCUUAGCAUGAAGAUUGAAUGCAAGGGGAUUGAGCAAGCAUGAUUUUCCAUAACACAAAAUUAUGAUUAACAACACCAGAUAAGCUCAUGUUUCUCACCAGUUUGCUCCUUACUCAAUUAUAUAUGUAAGAACCAUACUUUGUUGUUCUAGUGGGAUUUAGGUGCUGCCCCUUGCUUGCCAUAUCCCCCUGCUACCAUUGCUCAUGCUAGACCAAAUACAUCCAGGCUCAAAGUCUGUACUUAACUCAAAGGCAUGGGAUCCAUAUCCAUCAUAUCAUCUAUUUCUUGGAAAUUGUCAGUAUUUCCCAAAAUACUGAACUAUGUUUGAAAAUUUUCUGACAAAUGUGUGUAUCAGCUUUGACAAGUAUGAACAUCAUUUUUAGAUCACGUGAAGUAUGAAGAUAAUGCUGCCAAAAUUUUGACUUACUUACCUUCAGUUAAAAGUCCACUUUGUAAAUC